UCCAUUUAUGGUUUCUUCUUGUUCACCUACUGCUUUCAGAGCUAAGUUCUGUUGAAUUCUCCAACUGGGUUUUCGUUGAUUGAUUUUCUUCUUAAAAGGGAGAGGAGAGAAAAAAGGGGCAAAAAGAAGAAUGUUUCUUUUGGAUUGGUUUUAUGGAAUAUUAGCAACCUUGGGAUUGUAUAAGAAGGAGGCAAAGAUUUUGUUUUUAGGUCUUGAUAAUGCUGGCAAAACCACCUUGCUUCAAAUGUUGAAAGAUGAGAGGCUGGUGCAACACCAACCAACUCAGUAUCCAACGUCAGAGGAGCUGAGUAUUGGGAAAAUAAAAUUCAAAGCUUUUGAUUUGGGCGGUCACCGAAUUGCUCGAAGAGUGUGGAAGGACUAUUAUGCUAAGGUUGAUGCUGUGGUGUAUAUUGUUGAUGCAUACGACAAAGAACGUUUUGCUGAAUCGAAGAAGGAACUGGAUGCACUUCUAUCGGAUGAGGCAUUAGUAAGCGUACCAUUUCUCAUUCUGGGGAACAAGAUCGAUAUACCCUAUGCUGCUUCAGAGGAUGAGCUGCGUUAUUACAUGGGUCUGACUGGUCUCACCACCGGUAAAGGUAAGGUUAAUCUGGCUGACACCAAUGUUCGACCGAUUGAGGUUUUCAUGUGCAGCAUUGUCCGCAAAAUGGGGUAUGGUGAGGGCUUCAGAUGGGUGUCUCAGUACAUUAAGUAGCCAUGCGUAAAGAGAAGAACAUAUUGCCGUUGGAGGAAGGAGCUUUUCUUAGUCGUAACUGCAAGUUUGAUGAAUGUAUGUGUUCAGUUUGUCUUGAAGUGGAGCUAACACACAGUUGAAUGCUUUCUAGGAAAUAGCGAAAAGUCAAGAACUAAAUAUUUUAAUAAAUUACUACAUUGAAGUUUAGACAAUUUUGAGUUUGGAAACAUACAGAUGUAGAUGUUUGAUGUG